AAUCGCCACACUCAUUGCUUGUCCAGAUCCAACCAUCGGAGAUGACGUCGACGUCGUGGCCGUCCUUCUCUUCCCGCUGCCUCUUCUGUCGCAUGAUGGCCUCUGCUAUCGCAACGUCCAGCUAGGGUUCGCUGCUGAUGCCCAUGACUUUUCGGGGUUCGUCAACAUCUCGGUCUACAGCGGCAGUUGGGGCUUGUUCCGUCGACGGUGGUUCAGAUGAGCGACUUGGGCGAGCUGUUGUGUGCAGUGGUCCUGCAGAACGUCACCAUGGUGCGCUCGCUGCUCAAGAAGUACCGCGCAGACCCCAUCAAGAUGCGCGGGACGACGGACGGAGUCACGGCUCUCCACUUGGCGGCAUCGCGAGGCAGCCUCGAUGUGGCAACGGCGCUGAUUGAUCGUCGUGCUGACGUCGACCGGCUGUCAGAUCACCAACUAUCGCCCUUGUCCGUGGCCGUCAUGGUCAGCGACGGCGCUAUGGCCGCACUGCUCUCGAGAGCUGGCGCUGACGCGGAGCUGCCGUGCCUGAAUCCCGAGGAAGGCUUAGAGGAUUCGAGUUAGGAUGUCCUCUACAUCAAGACACCGCUCCUCAUUGCAGCAAAGUACGGCAAGCACAAGGCCAUCGGGACGCUCUGGCUCCUCUCGGCAGCCCCGGUCAGCCUCCCCGGCCCUCGACGAUAUCGAUGCCAUUCGUCCAGCGGCAUCAGCAACAGCAGCUGUGCCAUCGAGAUCUGUCAUUAUUCAUCUGCUCAACUUGGCCACACGCAGCAGCAACGGUGUGGAUUCAAGCAGCGCCAUCGACGGCUGCGUGUGUUCUUCCGAGCAUUUGCCGACAUGUCGAGUGUGUGUCGCUGUGGGCGACUAAGAUUUCCAGCCCCGAGACGAUGGGUGUGGCAAAGAGGGCCAUUACACAGCUCCCUGGCAGCUACCUGGUGAUGGAUGCCGUGGCGUCAGGUGAGAUUUUAUCUCCCUGAUGUGCCCGCGAAAAUGCGCUUCUGCUGGGCACUGCUGUUACUCAAUGGGAGAGCUUGCAAGCAGACAGAGAAACGAUGUUUGUUUGGUUCCCUGUGUUUGUCCGUCAGUGUUGGCUGGGUCAUGGUUGGAUGGUGGCCUUUGCGAGUGAGCGAGGUCAAAUGGGCCGGCAUCGUCGCCAUGAGCCGCCAUCUCCUGCACACACGCAGCUAUGCCGUCAGUCAGUCAGUCAGUCGGUGUGCUGUGCAUACCAUCGUAUCAGUCAGUUUUUGCUCAUACGGUCGUCUUCCCCUUUGUCGCGCAAUGGAUGCGAUCGGGCAGUAUUCAUGUGUGAGUCGUGGGCGUGUUGUGUCGCGCAAAGAGUGCAUGAGAGCCUUUAUGUGCACUGCUCAAUCGUAGC